AAAACGCAGAAGUUCGGGAGCGAGCUAGAGCGCCAAUGGCGACGGGAAAGGCAUUCUUCUUCGAAUGCUUUCGAAGCCAUGGCCUCUGGACGAAGCCUCGCUAUCCCUCGAUGCCCAAGUACCCGAAGGGUUCCUCCCUGAAAUCCCCUGGUAGGGAUGACCCUGAGGCGGCGGUGAUGGAGAAUAAGGCCACGGCGUUGUUCUCGGUCAUUGGAAUGACGUGCUCUGCUUGCGCCGGCUCGGUGGAGAAGGCCAUCAAGAGGCUUCCUGGGAUUCAUGAUGCUGCGGUGGAUUUGUUGAGUAAUCGAGCUCAGGUCUUGUUCUACCCCGCCUUUCGUCUCGGAAGAACAAAUUCGAGAGACCAUUGAAGAUGUUGGAUAUGUAGCUGCAUUGAUUAAAGAGGAAGUGAAUGAAAAAUCAACUCUAGUAUGUAGAAUCCGAAUAAUAGGAAUGACUUGUACUUCUUGCUCAGGGACUGUAGAGUCUGCUUUGCAAGGUGUUCGUGGUGUGCAGAAAGCCAUAGUAGCUCUGGCAACUGAAGAGGCGGAAAUUCAGUAUGAUUCUAAAAUUGUUGGUGCUGAUCAGCUCAUGAAGGCAGUCGAAGAUACUGGUUUUGAAGCUAUUCUUAUCUGCACAGGAGAAGAUAGGAGUAAAGUAGAACUCAAACUUGAUGGAGUAUGCACUGAACGGUCUUUGAGAAUUAUCGAAAAAUCUCUUCAAGCACUUCCUGGUAUAGAAAAAUGUAGUAUUGAUCCUGUGCUUAAUAAAGUCUCCUUAUCUUACAAUCCUGACCAGACUGGUCCUCGGAAUUUCAUUGAAGUUAUCGAAUCAUCUGGUUCUGGACAUUUGAAGGCAUCGCUGUAUCCUGAAGACGGAGGAUACAAGCCUCACAGGCACCAUGAGAUUAAACAGUACUAUCAAUCUUUCCUUUGGAGUUUGGUUUUCACAAUCCCAGUGAUCCUCACUUCAAUGAUAUUCAUGUACAUCCCUGGGAUUAAACAUGGGCUAGAUAUAAAGAUAGUAAAUAUGUUGAGCAUUGGUGAGCUUUUGAGAUGGAUACUAGCAACACCUGUUCAAUUCAUUAUUGGACGGAGAUUCUAUAUAGGUUCAUACAAAGCCUUGCGGCAUGGAUCUGCAAAUAUGGAUGUGCUGAUUGCCCUGGGAACUAAUGCAGCAUACUUUUAUUCAUUCUACUCCGUUUUUAAAGCUGCAACUUCACCAAAUUUUGAGGCAACUGAUUUUUUUGAAACAAGUGCAACGCUCAUUUCUUUCAUUCUACUUGGGAAGUAUCUUGAGGUAUUAGCCAAGGGGAAAACAUCUGACGCCAUUGCCAAACUCAUGGAUUUGGCCCCUGAAACUGCCACAUUGUUAAUCUAUGACAAAGAAGGAAAUGUGCUUGAUGAACUGGAGAUUGAUAGUCGGCUAAUACAGAAGAAUGAUGUGAUCAAAAUUAUGCCUGGAGGAAAAGUGGCUUCAGAUGGUCUUGUUAUAUGGGGUCAAAGCCAUGUCAAUGAAAGCAUGAUAACUGGAGAAGCACGGCCUGUUUUUAAGAGGAAGGGUGAUACUGUGAUUGGUGGGACUGUGAAUGAAAAUGGUGUGCUGCAUAUCCAGGCAACCCAUGUUGGAUCUGAGAGUGCUCUAUCCCAGAUUGUCCGACUUGUAGAAUCAGCACAAAUGGCCAAAGCUCCUGUUCAAAAGUUUGCAGAUCGUAUUUCCAAGUAUUUUGUGCCUUUAGUCAUAACUAUUGCAUUCUUCACUUGGUUGUCAUGGUUUUUAGCAGGAAAAUACCAUACUUACCCGAAAUCUUUGAUACCAUCUUCUAUGGACUACUUUGAGCUUGCUCUGCAAUUUGGUAUAACAGUUAUGGUCAUAGCCUGUCCAUGUGCUCUUGGUCUAGCAACUCCUACAGCUGUUAUGGUUGGCACUGGAGUCGGUGCUUCACAAGGUGUGCUAAUUAAAGGUGGUCAUGCCCUGGAGAGUGCACACAAGGUGAACUGCAUUGUAUUUGACAAGACAGGUACACUCACCACAGGGAAACCUGUUGUUGUUAGCACGAAGCUGUUGAAGAAUAUGGUUUUAUGCGAUUUCUAUGAAUAUGUUGCUGCUGCGGAGGUCAACAGUGAACAUCCCCUGGCAAAAGCUAUUGUGCAAUAUGCCAAAAGGUUGAGAGAUGAGGAAAAUCAUGUGUGGCCUGAGGUACAAGACUUUAUUUCUGUCACUGGCCAUGGUGUCAAAGCUAAAGUUGGAGACAAAGAAAUCAUUGUGGGGAACAAGAGCUUGAUGCUGAAUUCUGGCAUCCAUAUUCCAGUUGAAGCUUAUGAAUUGCUUGCAGAAGCAGAGCAGAAUGCCCAAACAGGAAUAGUAGUCAGUAUGAAUCAAGAGGUUGUCGGAGUAAUAGCAAUUUCUGAUCCUCUGAAGCCUGGUGCACAAGAUGUAAUAUCAAUUCUCAACACCAUGAAGGUGAAGAGCAUUAUGGUGACAGGGGAUAACCAGGGUACUGCAAAUGCAAUUGCGAAAGAGGUUGGGAUUGACACCAUUGUUGCUGAAGCUAGACCAGAACAAAAAGCCGAGAAAGUAAAGGAACUGCAGAUGUCUGGUUUUACUGUGGCAAUGGUCGGAGAUGGAAUAAAUGACUCGCCAGCAUUAGUUUCUGCUGAUGUUGGGAUGGCCAUCGGAGCAGGGACUGACAUAGCUAUUGAAGCAGCAGACAUUGUUCUCAUGAAAAGUAACUUGGAGGAUGUCAUUACUGCCAUUGAUCUUUCUAGGAAAACCUUUACUAGAAUACGUUGGAAUUAUAUCUGGGCUCUUGGUUAUAACAUCAUUGGAAUCCCGAUCGCUGCUGGGGUUUUUUUCCCAAUGACUCAAGUUCGGUUGCCGCCUUGGUUGGCUGGUGCAGCAAUGGCAGCAUCAUCAGUUAGUGUUGUUCUUUGUUCUCUGUCGUUAAAGAACUACAAGAGACCCAAGCAGUUGGAAACUCUUCAAAUAAAAGAUAUCAUGGUGCAGUGAAUAAUCCUUUAUUUUUUCCCCCAAGAGGAAUGGUGGAGUUCAUUGUAACUAUAUGCAUUCUUCAUCUGAUGUUCUUUGGGUCCUUUCUCUGCAUUGAUAAAUUGAUAGUGUUCUCAAAAGAGUAUGUCAUGCUUGGCAUAAUGAUCCGGGUAUUAA